AUGCUAAAUGCAGGAAACCAAACCCGGGAAAUUGGCAGGGUUUUCCUGCAUAGUGAUGAUGCGGCUACUCUGCGGGAUGAGGUAAAUUAUUUCGAAUCGUCCCAAGCCCCACCAAAGCCAGUCGAGGAUCACCCUGCUCCGAAGCCAGUUGCCCUCGUGUCCUCUCCACUGUGCCUGAAAUCCUUCAUCUCUAGGAUUUUACCUCAGCAACUCGCCAAGUCCGAAUCCGUCCUCACGGCCGCAUGGGCCCAGGCAGCAAGCGGUAUUGACAUUUAG